CAGAAUGGAUGGAUGGCAAUAGAGGACUUAGAUUGGGUUUGAGCGACUUUGCCAUCCGCUUAGACUUGAUAGCUAAAGUUCGUGGCAUAAGCAGUGCUGAGAACUAUUUUAAAGAUCUUCCUGGGAAAGUCAAGAACCAAAAAGCAUAUGGUGCACUUCGGAACUCUUACGUAGGGAAUAAACUGACUGAAAAGGCAGAGGGACUUAUGGUGAAGAUUAAGGAAUCUGGUUUUGCUUUGAAGGCACUUCCAUACAACAACAUGAUGACUCUUUAUAGGGCAUUAGGUCAGCCAGAGAAAGUACUAUCUUUGAUACAAGAUGUGAAGGUUGAUAAUUGUGCUGACCUUUCAGACAUUAAUGGAGUGGAGAAAGUAUUAGAUGAAUUGAAACAUGAUGGCAGAUUCAAAUAUGAUUGGUCCAUAUAUAAUAACUUGUCAGCCAUUUAUAUCAAAGAGAGGUUAAUUAAGAAAGCACAGGCUGCCUUGAAAGAAACAGAGCACAAGAUUUUCAUGAAGAAGGAUCGUAAUGCUUAUAAGUCCCUUAUUAUCAUGCAUAGCAAGCUCGGUGAUAAACCUAAGGUAUAUUCAGUGUGGAAGAAAUUUGCAAGUGUCUUUCCUAAGGGGACCAACACAGACUAUAUAUGUAUGCUUACUGCGUUGGUGAAGCUAGGGGACAUCAAGGGAGUUGAGAAGUGUCUUAAAGGAUGGGGAUAUGAUGGCCUGAGUUAUGAUAUCAGAGUGCCAAAUGUAUUAAUUGGUGCUUAUCUUACUAAAGGAAGGAUAAAAGAGGCAGAAUCACUUCUUCAACAUGCCCAGAACAAAGGAGACUAAAAGAAAAGAUGAUGCAGACAUCUCCUUCUCAUAUGAGUUUGAGGCUAAAGACAUCAAUGGGUAGUUAUAAUUUAUACACUGGAAAGGAACCCUUUGUUAAUUAUAUUGCUGAAUUUGUUUACCAAGUGAACAGUUUUCCCCAAAAAUAUGUGCUCAGGAAGUAUCACAGGCAUCUGACUUAUUAGC